UUAAGUAAUAAUGCGACUGCUAUGUGCGCUCAUAUCCGACGAUCGGAUUUUGUCGAAUUGGAAGUGGCUACCGAUCUACAUAAAAGCAUUCGCGACAUGGAAAGUAUAGCUCUUCAGCAGAGAUACCCACUGGGAGAUGUGGAACAAGGUUCAGCAAAGAUGGGUUAUUUCAUUUCAAUCCCAUUCCAGAGAGCCUUCUUCUCAACAAAUACUGAAGGGAUCGACUUCUAUGUAGCUUCACAGGCUUGCGGUGCUAUGCUGAUCACAGCUCCGACGUCUACAUUUGGCUGGUGGUUGGCAUUCUUCACACCAAAACAGAAUGCCGUCUUUUAUAGUAACGAUAGGCGAAGGAUGGCCGACAAAGUUCCACAAAAGGACUUGUUCUUGUACGUUUUCAUUCUUCUUCAUUUACGCAAUGUUCACAGUUCGAAAUGCUUGUUCAAAAACAAAGCCCCUCCACCAUUUCGGGGAUUAGGAAAGGUGUAUAACACUUUUUUUGUGGUUGGGGUCUACCCAGACAUGCCAAUUCCUUAA